AAUGAAAAUUUUUUAGAAAUAUUUUUCUUCUAUCAAACCGUUUUAAGACUCAUUGCGGUACUCAGCGACGCCGUGGAUACAGGGGAUGCAGCGAGAGUAAAACCCUAGAGCCGCCUUUGUCUCUCGCCCCUGAUGCGGAGAUCCAUUAUAAAUGCGGAGUAUAAGAUCUCGUUCUCUGAUGGCGAUUCGAUUUUGGAUUUGACUUUCGGAGCUAUGGGCAACCCAAUUAUGGUAACUAUUUUUGCAGUUGCAAAUUGACCGAUCAUCUUUUUCCUAGAAGAACAAUCAAUGCUCAGUAUGGAUGUCAAGAGCCCACUCGAGCAAACACUCCAAUAUGUUCUUAGGAAGAUCAAUCCUUCAAAAGAUGACUGGUCCUUUAGAGUUCAGAUUAUAGAAGAACUCCGAGCUAUUGUGCAACCUAUAGAUAGUUUGAGAGGUGCGACAGUGGAACCAUUUGGAUCUUUUGUGUCUGAUCUCUUCACAAGGCAUGGAGACCUCGAUAUAUCGAUAGAGAUGGCUAAUGGUUCCUAUAUUGCUUCCCUUGGGAAGAAGCAGAAGCAAAGUUUACUUCAAGAUGUUUUAAAUGUAAUGAGAAAUAAAGGAGGGUAUCGGAAAAUAAAGUUUAUUACUGGUGCAAGAGUUCCUAUUUUGAAGUUUCAGGGAAAGUAUGACAUCUCCUGUGACAUAUCGAUUAAUAAUUUGAGGGGCCAAAUGAAGUCCAAAUUGCUGUAUUGGAUCAGUACAAUUGAUGAACGCUUUCGUGGCAUGGUUUUACUGGUCAAGGAAUGGGCAAAGGCCCACAAUAUCAAUGAUUCAAGAAAUGGAACGCUGAAUUCAUAUUCUCUUAGCUUGCUUGUUAUCUUCCACUUUCAGACAUGUGAACCUGCUAUUCUACCUCCACUGAGAGAAAUAUAUCCUGGAAAUAUGGCGGAUGAUCUUACGGGUGUGAGGGUCACUGCAGAGAAGUAUAUUGAAGAUACAUGCGAAAGAAACAUAAACCAAUAUAAAUUCGACCGGUACCGAACCCGUAACCGCAGUUCCCUUUCAGACCUUUUCAUUUCAUUCCUUGCAAAGUUCUGUGACAUUAGUGGCAAGGCGUCUGAACAAGGGGUUAGCACCUACACCGGACAGUGGGAAGACAUUCAAGGCAACAUGAGAUGGCUACCUAAAACCUAUUCACUAUUUAUUGAAGACCCCUUUGAACAGCCUACUAACACAGCAAGAAGUGUAAGCAGCACACAACUGGCAAACAUAUCUGAAGCUUUUCAGGCGACCUACAAUAUGCUUACAUCUCCCAACCAAGAUCCAAAUCUGCUCAUGUCUAAUUUCAUGAGGCCACCAAUGCCAAAUUUUGUGGCGGGAGCACCACCUCCUAGGAACCAUAUCAUUCAUCAUACUAGAAAUCUCAUUGGAGACCAACAAAGAACAACAGGUCCGGUUCUGCCCACCCCUCCCCUCACUAGGCCACAUGUUCCGAAUUGCGUGUGGGGAAGACCUAGCAGAAGUGGAACCCCAGAACAACAAAGGACUCCGAAUUUGGUCAUGUAUACUCACGGGAGGCCUCACAACACAAAUUUUGUCCCGCGGAGACCUAAGAAUGGCACCAGAGAACGACUGAUGAGUCUGAAUUCCUUUGCGAAUACUUCUGCAACGCCACAGAAGACAAACUUUGUGGAGGAGAAGCUUUCUAGAAACCAGGGAAACAAUAGUGGAAAUGGUAUUGCUGGGAUGCAUAGUCAGAGAGCCAUACAACUGUCCUUACCACACCAGUUUCAAGACAUGAGGAUCGACGUGCUGCAUCCGGAUAAUGUAGUUCAUAGACCUUCCCGGGAUCCGCCUGCUCAGUUACAGGCCACAAUUCAUCGACCUGCCCAGGAUUGGUCCCGUCAAUCACAGCCGGUAUGGAGGCUUAAGCACGACAAUAAGGUUAAUUGCUGAGUUCUUUCGGGCUGUUUCAUUUGUCUCGUGGUUUUUAGAAUUUCAUCUUAUUAUUCCUGCGCAAGAAGGCUGCGACGCUAAAGUCAUUUGGAUUAAAACCCUCUCGCUGUUUCUCUGGUAUUUUGGUAUGAACACCUAGUCUAUCUUUAGCCAAUUGAUUAGAACUAUUAUU